AUUGCCCUCACAGCUCGGCAUGGAACCGCACGAGGCAUCAGCAAAGCAAAUCGAAAGCCAUGGCGCCACUGUGCUGCAGAGCCACGGCAAGGAGAAGAAGGAGAGGUUCUUGGACUUCCUCAGGGCAGCUCCUUCCAAAGAACUAUGGCUGCACCGCUUCGGCGUCGCCGCCCCGCACGCCUUCCUCCGCCGCGUCGCCACCCUCCGCCCGCGCUCCGCCACCUACGCACCGGCAGCCUACGCCAACUUCUUCCUCCGCUCGCCGGCCUUCGCGCGAACCGUGGACUGGCGCGCCCUUCGCGCCAGGUGCAAGGCCUGGGCGAGGCACCCCACGAACGCCGCGCUCCUCGUCUGGCUCGCCUUCGUCGCCGCGGGCGUCGCGUUCGUGUUCCUGCUGAUGACGGGGGCGCUCGACUCCGCCGUGCCCGACGCGUCCCGUCGCCGGCGGUGGACGGAGGUGGCGAACCAGGUGCUGAACGCGCUCUUCACCAUCAUGUGCGUGUACCAGCAUCCGCGGCUCUGCCACCACCUCGUGCUCCUGCUCCGGUGGCGCGCCGCCGACGCCGCCGAGCUCCACGCCGUGUACUGCAAGAACGCCGCCGCCGUUCCGUGGUGGGAGCGUAUGCACGUCGCCGUCGUGCUUCUGCUGCUCCACGCCACGUGCUUCGCGCAGUACGCCUACUGCGCCCUCUUCUGGACCUUCAGCAGCGAGACGCGCCCGGACUGGGCCGUGAAUCUGUGCAUGGCGCUCGGCCUCGGCUUCCCCGUCGCCGCCGCCCUGUACAUGGUCUACGGCCCGCUCGGCAGAAAGGUCGUGCUCCCGGCUUCCACCGACGACGAGGACGCCACGGCGGUGCUGGACGAGUCUACGGCCGUGAACGCCACCUCGCAGUACAACAAUGGCAGAGCGGCGGUCGCCAUGGCGGAGUGGGCCGGCGGGCUGCUGGACCUCGCCGACGACCCGACGGUGGCGGCGCUGUCCCUGACGUGCACGUUCUGCGUGUUCGGGUGGAACAUGGAGCGCCUGGGAUUGGGGAACAUGUACGUGCACGUCUUCACGUUCGCGCUGCUCUGCGCCGCGCCGGUGCUUGUCUUCGCCGUCGCCGCGCUCAACAUCCACGACGCCGCGCUAGGGUCCGUCGUCGGCGCCACCGGCGCGCUGCUAUCCGUGCUCGGCCUGCUGUACGGCGGAUUCUGGCGCGCGCAGAUGAGGAGGCGGCUCGGGCUGCCGGGAGACCGGUCCAUGUGCGGCGGCCGGCCGGCCACCGCGGACUACGUCAAGUGGUUGCUCUGCGCGCCGUGUGCGCUGGCGCAGGAGGUCAGGACGGCCAACCUCUACGACGUCGAGGACGGAAGUCUGUACGUGAGGAACAGCGGUGACGAUGACGUGUUGCUGGAGGAAAAGCCGGCGAUGGCGCCUUUGGAGAGAGAAGGGUGCGUUGCGCCAUGGACGGCCAACAAAGCCGGCGACGGUGUCGAGUGUGUUGUUGCCGUUGACGCACCGCCGGUGCCGGUGAUGGUUGACUAGGCUAACAGAUUGGUUCGUGUGAUUCUUUGAGACAACAAAAAAUUGCCAAAAUCAUGUGAAUAUCAUAUUGAA